AUGCCGACUAGUGUACGGUACAGUUCUGCACAGCCGGCACAACAACCAUCGCAAACAACUCAUUACAACUUCCAACCACCACCACAACAACAACAACAACAGCAACAACAACAACAGCAGCAACAACAACAACAACAACAAAUACAACAACAACAUCAUCGACAUCAUCAUCAUCAUCACCAUCAUAAUUCUCAUCAUUCAUCACCCACACCACAAAAUCAAAGUAUUAAUUCUUAUUCUAAUCAUCGUUUAAAUUCUAAUAAUAAUAAUAUUCAUUCUCAACAAGCAUCGACAGCAAAUCCAUCAUCACCAAAUCAAUCUUCAGCUUAUUUUCUUGAUCGGGUUGAUUUAGAAAAUUAUACGACACAUACAUUAAAACAGACAGUUGAAACUAUAUUAUCAAAGACAAAAUCUAAAGGUUUAAAGGUAAAAUUGUCCUUACCUGAUGAUGGCCUAAUUAUUGAUAAUAUAACUGAUCCAACACAAUCAUGGAUAUUUAAAACACCAGAAUUAUUAUAUUUUUGGCGUGAUCCAUAUUAUUUAAAUAUUAUUGUUGUUGUUACAAUCAAUCGAUCACGACAUCAUCUUAAUCAACCUUAUUCAGCAUCGAUAUUUCGUUUACGGGGUACUGAUUCUGCUCAAUCAUUUCUUCAACAAGCUCAACGAUUUUUUGUUAAUUUAUCUGGAUCUGUUAGUGCAUCAAGUGUAGCUAAACCUACUGUUAGAUAUAAAUCCGUUGAAAAACAACCACGACGUGAGAAUCAAACUAUUGAUCAUAAUACAUUAUCUAAUCAUAAAACGAAAACAAAAUCACUUUCAAUAAUAAAUGAACAAUCAGCUUUUACACCAAAAACAUCUUCGAAUCGUAAUCAAUCACCACCACCAUCAACAUCAUCAACAGCUAUUCGUCGUGUUACACGUGCUGAAUUUGAUCCUGGUAAAUCAACAGCAGCAACAGAUUCAAUGAUUAGUAGUAAUCAUAAUCGAACAUAUAGCGAAACAGCAUCAUCAGUUGAUUCACAAACAACAAAUUCAACAAAAGAAAUUUUAUCCUAUACAAAAAAAAUGAAUCGUGGUGAUGAUGAUGAUGAUAAAUUAACAAUAUUAAGCAAUAAUUUAUCAGGUGAUCAAAUCGUUGAAUUAAUGCGUGAAUUAAAAGAAUUACGAAGUGAAAUAGCUUCAUUAAAAUUAGAGAAGAGAAUAUCACAUGAAACACGUUCAAUGAGUACAAGUCCAUUUGCUGGUCAUCGUGAUAAUUCCAAAGGAACAUUAGAUAAAUCAAAUACAAUGUCAUUAUCAUUAUAUCCUGAUAUAACAUCACAAUCAGAAGUUGAUGCUGAAACACAAACUGAUUUUAGUUUACUUAAUCAUAGACGAAGACAAUUAUUGAAAAAAAAUAAAAAAACAAUGAUUGGAUCAGGCAGUAUAACAACAUUAAGCAAAAAAACUGGACAACAAACAACAAGUGUACGAAAUGGUAGAAGAACGUUUUCUAAUAGUUCAACAAAUACUGUAUCUGAUCAAGAAGAAACAGCACCGGAUCUUUCUUCUCAAGUGAAUGAUUUACCAAAUGAUAGUUCAAAUACAUUAGUUAAUCAACAGCAACAUUCAUCUAUGACAUUAACAGCACCACCUCGUCCUGUUUUAAUAAGAAAUAAUCAAAAUAAUUUUCUUGCUUUAAAUAAUUUGACAUCUUUUACAAAAUCGAAUGGGAAUCAAAUAGUACCUAAUUCAAAUCCUACAGAAGAAGGUUUAUCAUUGCAUGGUAUACCUGUAAUGAUUGAGAAAGAAAUUGACGAUUUUCUUUCAAAAAAUAUUCCUUCUUCAAAUACAGAUCUUCUUGCACCUCAAAUACCAAUAAUCAAAGUAGGAACAACAAGUUUUCGUUCAUCAUCAUCAUCAUCAGAAAAAAAACCGAAGCUUCCUACUGAUCAUAUCUAUGAAAAUGUACCUAUUUUAAUACAAGCAAAAGGAAAUCGAGAAUCUUUUUAUAAUAUACCUAUUAUUAAUGUGGAUGAGCAACAAAAACAACAACAACAGCAACAACAACAAAAUCCAACAGAGAGUUAUAUUUAUUAUACGCUCACUAAUAAUCCUGAUUCCGAGUCUCAACAACAAUAUAUGAUACCGGGACAAAUUGUUAAUAAUACUUCUGCACCAAAUGAUAGUAAUCCUGCUGAUGGUCAAAUAGCUUCAAUAAAUUUUCAACCACAAAAACCACAAAUCAUAUCUGUUGGUCGUCAUCGAAAUCAACCGAUUUAUUUUGCUAAUCAUUUAACAAAUCCAAUAUUUAAUGUUGAUAAACAAUUAUUAACAAAUACAAUUGCUAAUCAAUUUGGUGUUGAUCUUAAUUCACCACAAUUACAACAAUUAGUUACAAAUCAACAUUUAUUUGCUACACGUAAACGUACAUUUGCUAAUAUGGUUUGGCAAUUAACACCUGAUGAAGAAAAUGCUCUAUGUUCAUCACCAAUAACAACGCAAACGGAAAUUAUUGAUAUAGAUACAUUUGAUUCAAGUAAUGGAACAUCAUCUCGAUCAAUAUUAAAAGCAACAAAACGUUUUCGUCCAACAGCAAAACGACGAAGUAUUAGUUGGGAUAGUGCUUUAGAGUAG